CGAGGUGCGAGUGCAGAGGAAGGGAUGUAACCGAGCUGAUUGGAUCUUUGGUGGGGGGCAUGAUGGAGGCCACGGUGCCUGAUGAGCUGUCAUGACGGACAGCGGUGAGGUGACGAGGAGGGAGCUGGUGGGAGGAACGGCAGCAGGAGAUGCGUAAGAGGAGGAAGGAUUAGAGUUCAGUGUGCCGGAUGUUUGAGGGAACUUAAGAAGAAUCUCCUCGGGAAGCGGAGAACACAAGCAGGAUGGGCACCUUUGUGACCCUGGCAGAGGUGUUGGAGGCCCGGGGCUCGCCGCUCGAGGAGGAGGAAGUCUGGUGUCUGCUGCUCGCCACCACAGAAGCCUUACUGGACAUCUCCAAAACAGGUUCAGGUAACAUGUGCAGCGUGCUGAGCCCCGGCUCGGUGCUGCUGUCAGCCAACGGGAGUCUGGCCUUCAAGAGCUGCACUCGCUACGAAGACGUGGCGUCCUUCACUGCCCCGGAGCUCCAGCAGGGUCUCUCCACACCCAGCAGAGCCGGCGCCGAAAAGAUGGUUGUGUACUCACUGGGGAUGACUCUUUAUUGGUGCGUUGACUAUCAUCUACCUCAGAACCAGCCGGUUCAGAUGAGUCCUGAACUGGAGAGUUUACUACUGAGCAUGUGCGAGGACGUGGCGGUGAGGAGGACGGACCUGCUGACGCUGUUAGAGACCUGUGAGCUUCACCACAAGACCUCCAUGCUGCCGCCGGCCGAACGGCUCAUCAAGCAGCUGGUGGACGACGUCUGCAGAAACUCGGUCGAUCUUGUAUCCAUGGCUGAGAAUGGAUCUCCACUGACUGACCGCAGCCAAGUGGUCCGGGACAGAUUGCACAGAAGCUCUUUCAGUAACUCAACAUGGUCGCUGAAGAAGAAAAUUCCCAGAACGUACUCGGGAGUCUGUUAUCCAUCCGAAUCCUCAGGGAUUCCCGCCGGAGGCCGAAUCAGGGACAGCUAUCCCAGCUGGCACCACCUGAACCGCAGCCCCUGUGGUCCCUACAUCGACGUCAAUCGAACCCCCAACUCAAGAUCGCUGACGCAGUUUGAGUCCACAACCAGCCUGAACGACAAGAAACUGAAGGACGUAGGUCCAGAGUUUACCAAAGUGCUGGAUGAGCCAACGACUGUUUUGGAGCUGCCUGGAUCCAUCCUGUCAAAGAAAGGAAAGAGUCCGAGCACCCUCAGAGAGCUGAGUGUGGUGAUGCCAAACGGACAGACCAUCACGGUCAAGUGUGACGUGAAAUCCCGAGGAGGAGACGUCUUCGACAUGAUUGUGGCUCACUCAAACCUUGGGGAACAUUUUUACUUUGGCCUUGCUUACAUUGAUGAUAAUGAGUUUUUCUUUGUAGAAAACGACACCAAGAUUUGCAAAGUUGCUCCAGACAGCUGGAAAAAAGUGCCUACCACCACCUUUGUCCUUUUCUUCAGGAUCAAAUUCUUUGUCAACAACGUCUCUCUUCUUUUGCACAAACAAACCCGUCACCAGUAUUACCUUCAGUUUAGGAGAGACCUUUUAGAAGACAGACUGUCCUGCCACGAGGAGACGGCUCUGUGCCUGGGGGGUCUAGCCCUGCAGACAGAGUAUGGAGACUGCAUGCCUGAGGUGUACGGUCGUAAUUACUUCCGGCCGGAUCAGUACGUCUCCAAGAGCGUGAUGGAGAAACGUGCCUUACCUUACGUUCAGGCGGAGCUGCUGCGGCAUCACGCCAACAACGCUCAGAUGCUCGCAGACGAAUCGGAGCUGGAGUUCCUGAAGGUGUGCCAGCAGCUACCGGAGUACGGAGUCUUCUUCCACCGAGUGAUGCGCGACAAAAAGCCCUCAGACGGCGAGAUCAUCCUGGGCGUUUGUGCCAAAGGCGUCAGCGUCUACGGGGUGAAAGACGGCUGCAGAUUCACGGCUCAGAACUUCUUCUGGAGGGAGACGGCGACCAUCUCCUCGAACAGGCGGAAGUUUGUUAUCGAGUGCCGAGGAAGCAAGAAGAAGUACACCUUCGUCACCGACAGGUCAAAGGUCGCCCAGUACCUUUGUAACCUCUGUUCAUCUCAGCACAAGUUCAACAACGAAAUGAACUCUCGCCAGCUGAGCCACAGUCUGGUCUCAGAGGACAACAUCGUGCAGUACGCGGCGGCGUGCCGGGCUCAGAGCAGCCCGCUCAAGUCCUUUUCCUGUUCAGAGACGCCACAAGAUGACAGUGGUCAGACCACACCCCGGGAGGAGUCUUUGACCAAGCUGUGUGAUGACAUCACAGCCAGGAUCGAAGCGCGAGUGAAGCAGCAAAGCACCUGCUCCAGCAGUCAGCGCAGCAGCAUGCUCUCACCUGCCUGUUCCCAGCGGAGCGGGUCAGAACUGCAGUCUGGAUCACCUGCAGCCAGAGACACGCCCACCAAACUGGGCGCCGCCUCAGAGAGAGAAGUCAUCUGUGUUACUUUAAAGAAAGACCCGAAGCUCGGCCUCGGAAUCGUCAUCGUGGGCGAGGACACGGUGGGCCGGUACGACCUGGGCAUCUUCAUCGCCUCCAUCGUCCCGGGCGGACCUGCUGACAAGGACGGACGCAUCAAAGCGGGCGGUCGCCUCAUCUCGCUGGACCACGUCAGCCUGGAGGGCGUGACCUUCAACGAGGCGGCAGAGGUCAUGCAGAACAGCCCUGAGGAGGUGCAGCUCAUCGUCUCGCAGCCUAAAGUUCCAGUCAGUCCCAACUGCUCCCGCUCUCCGGUUUUGGGGAAAUACGAGCCUCAGACUCCGACGGACGGACGCUCGGCCAACGAGAGUUCGGAGGAAUUCGUGUCGGCCAUGAUGACGCCGAAGAGCGGCCACCGGCUGAACGUCCCUCAGGAGGCCCGAGUCCAGAACUCGCAGGACGGCGUCUCUCUGUCCACGUCUCUGAACUCCGUCAGGCCGGAGGAGAUCGCCGUGCAGCUCAAGAAGAUAUCCGGGAAUCUGGGCAUCAGCAUCUCCGGAGGGGUCAACCCCAGCCUUCCUCAUGGAGGGAUCUACAUCAAGAGUCUGGUUCCAGGAGGCGCCGCUGAGCGGGACGGACGUCUACAUCCAGGGGACAGACUUCUGGAGGUGGACGGCGUGAACUUCAGCGGGUUGACCUACCAACAAGCCGUGGAGAGUCUGAGUCAAACUGACGAGGUGGUCGGCCUGGUGGUGGAGCGGGAGUCGGCCAACCUGCCCCGAGUCUCCGUGAGCGCCGAGUCCAGCAGCAUCAUGUCCAAUCAGAGCCUGAGUCCGGCUCGCCGCCACCUCCGCCUCAACAGCAGCUCCACCAUCAGCAACUCGCCGAGCUCCACGAGCGAGCGGACCAGAGACUUCAGCUUCGUCACCGACGAAAACACCCAGGAGGUGACCCUGACCAAGAGCUCCAACAGCCUGGGCUUCAGCUUCCUCAUGUGCGAGCUGGACCCGCCCACCCGCGACUUCAGCAGCAUGGUCCGGAUCAAGCAGCUGUUCCCGGGCCAGCCGGCGGAGCGGAGCGGCCGGAUCCGGGAGGGCGACGUCCUGCUGGCCGUCAACGGACAGUCCCUGAAGGAGCUGUCCUACCCGAAAGUCCUGAAGCUCUUCAAGACCUCCCCCCCUGAAGUCCGGCUGAAGCUCUGCCGACCCCCCCCAGGGAUCCUUCCCUCCGUGGAUCAGUUCAGCGGACAGGAUUGAGGUUCUGCAGAACAGCAGAGGAACCAGGAGAACCAGCAGAACCGGCAGAGAGUUUCUGCUGAAGCUGGAGGACGACGGAGACGGUCAGACGCAGCGAGACGCUCAGACAGAAUCUGCAGACAGGAAGUGGAAAACAAAAGGAAAGCAUCAAUAAAAGGAGAGAAAAGAGACGGAGGCUGAAAUAUGACGAUGGAGAUCAAUUAUCAGAAAAUCGAUCAAAUCCUUCUGGAAAAGUGAAAGGACGACAAAAACAAAGCGUUUGUGUUUCACUCUGAGGAAUUUUCCCUAAAUAAAACUUUUUUUUCUUAUUCCAGUGCUCUCUUUUCGUUCUUUACAGUCACACUUUGAGCCUAAGCUGUUAAACUGAGUUUGACCUGAAUAUG